CUGUUCCAGCUGCCGCUGCCGCCGCUUCCUGGGCUGAGUCCGCCCGCGGUCCCGGCGGCUCCAGGUGUGUUCGCCCCGCCCAGCUCCUGCCUGAGUCCGCCGCCGCGGUAGCUGCCCCGGGCUUCCCUCCGCGCUUCCGAGAUGGCGACGCGCUCCUGCCGGGAGAAGGCUCAGAAGCUGAACGAGCAGCACCAGCUCAUCUUGUCCAAGCUGCUGAGGGAGGAGGACAACAAGUACUGCGCCGACUGCGAGGCCAAAGGUCCUCGAUGGGCUUCCUGGAAUAUUGGUGUGUUUAUUUGCAUCAGAUGUGCUGGAAUCCAUAGAAAUCUUGGAGUCCAUAUAUCCAGGGUCAAAUCAGUCAACCUAGACCAGUGGACACCAGAACAGAUACAGUGCAUGCAAGAUAUGGGAAAUACUAAAGCAAGACUACUCUAUGAAGCCAAUCUUCCAGAAAACUUUCGAAGACCACAGACAGAUCAAGCAGUGGAAUUUUUCAUCAGAGAUAAAUAUGAAAAGAAGAAAUACUAUGAUAAAAAUGCAAUAGCUAUUACAAAUAUUUCCUCCUCUGAUGCUCCUCUUCAGCCUUUGGUGUCUUCUCCUUCUCUACAAGCUGCUGCUGAGAAAAACAAAUUGGAGAAAGAAAAGGAAAAAAAAAAGGAGGAGAAAAAGAGAGAAAAAGAGCCAGAAAAGCCUGCAAAACCUCUUACGACUGAAAAGCUUCAGAAGAAAGAAGAUCAGCAGUUGGAAUCUAAAAAAAGCACCAGCCCUAAAAAAGCUGCAGAGCCCACUGUUGAUCUUUUAGGACUUGAUGGCCCUGCUGAGGCACCAGUGACCAAUGGGAACACAACCACAGUGGCAUCUCUGAAUGACGAUCUUGACAUCUUUGGACCAAUGAUUUCUAAUCCCUUACCUGCAACUGUCAUACCCCCAGCUCAGGGGUCGCCCUCUAUACCUGCAGCUGCCACUCUAUCUACAGCAAUAUCUGGGGACCUGGAUCUGUUCACCGAGCAGGCUACAAAGUCAGAAGAGGUGGCAAAGAAACAGCUCUCCAAAGAUUCCAUCUUAUCCCUGUAUGGCACAGGAACCAUUCAGCAGCAGAGUGCUCCUGGUGUGUUUAUGGGACCCACAAAUAUACCAUUUACCUCACAAGCACCGACUACAUUUCAAGGUUUCCCACCAAUGGGUGUGCCUGUGCCUGCGCCUGCAGCUCCUGGCCUUCUAGGAAAUGUGAUGGGACAGAGUGCAAGCAUGAUGGUGGGCAUGCCCAUGCCCAAUGGGUUUAUGGGAAACGCACAGACUGGUGUGAUGCCAAUUCCUCCAAAUGUGGUUGGCCCCCACGGAGGAAUGGUGGGACAGAUGGGUGCGCCCCCGAGUAAAUUUGGCCUGCCGCAGACUCAGCAGCCCCAGUGGAACCUCUCACAGAUGAAUCAGCAAAUGGCUGGCAUGAGCAUCGGCAGCACAAACCCGGCGGUGGGUUUCGGCCAGCCCCCCAGCACAACGGCAGGCUGGUCCGGAAGCUCGUCGGGUCAGACUCUGAGCACACAGCUGUGGAAAUGAAAACUGCACUGCGAGUUUCAUCCAGAACUACCGCCUGACACUCCUUGCUAAAACGCAUCUAGCUCCCCUGUUUAUUCAUGUACAUAUAAUUUUUUUCUUUUCCCCAUUUGUUCAUAUUAAGACUUAUCUGACUGACCGUGUUGGUCCGUACAAAUUAAAUUUGAUGUGAAAAGCAGGUUGAGAAACCAUUUUAUGUCAGGGGCAGCUUUGCUUAUUUCCCAUGAUUUCGUCAACCACAUUAUUUGAGAAGCUGCUCAGUCAACUUGCAUAAUCAGUUUUACUCUCGGUAAAAUUAUAGCUCUACUGUUUGCAUAUAAGGGAAGUAGUUAUCAUGUUAGUAAUAACCUCUAACAGUAUAAACCCCACCCCCAAAUUAGCCAGUAAUCCUGUAGGAAGGUACUGUAUGAUCAAAUGUUUAAUCAUAUAAAUAGAAUGUAAAUGUGUCACUGAGCACUGUUUUCUAGUGUAUCAAAAUUAUUUUAUUUCAUCAUUCACUUCACUGUGCUGUUGUUAUGAUGUGCUUAACAGGGAACGUGGUUAGCGAAAGGAAGAUAAACCUGGAUGUUACUACAAAACUUAAUUUAACGAGUGUUUAAAGAACUCAAAUUUUAUCCUCCUCUCUUGUAAUUUGGAUCUCUUCUUAUGUACAUAGUGCUAAUAACGUGAAGACCUUUCUCUGCACUAUACGCAAACAGGGUAACUGAACAAAGCCACUUUCAAUCCUUGAAGGUAUAUCCAGGUUUAUGACAGUAAUUGUGUUUACAUUUUAUGGUGCCUAGUAUUGACAAAAUGUUAUAUCCCUAUAUUAAACAGAUGAAUCCAUAGA